AUGGCCGUUACUCUGGUCAAGGGAAAAUCCCAAUUCGACAGCACCGUCCUCGCAUCCGACAAGCUCGUCGUCGUCGACGCCUUUGCCGAAUGGUGCGGCCCUUGCAAGGCCAUUGCGCCUAAGAUCGAAGAGUUCAGCAAGCAAUUUGAGAACGUUGUAAGCUUCGUCAAGUUCGAUGUCGACGACAGCCCCGAUGUAGCCCAGGAGCUGGGUAUCCGCGCCAUGCCGACUUUCUUGCUGUUUAAGAAUGGGGAGAAGGUCGGUGAGGUUGUGGGAGCUAACCCGCCUGCGAUCUUGGCUGCGAUUGAGAACAACAAAUAA